AUGGUCAAAGCAGGUUGGUUGACCUUUAGUGUUGACGGGAAUAAGCACGCUUGCUCCUACCACUGCUGUGAAGAUCAUGUCAUUCAAAAUUGUGAUAAGUUCAAGGCCUUGGUUCAAAGGUUGAUAGAUAGUAAAGUUAUGGAAUUUUACCAUGAAGCUACAAAAGAGAAAGAGAUGGAGAUUUGCGCUUCCGAAGGCACAUCCACGGGAGUUUACAAUACUAACUGGCCUUUAGUCAUCACAUCGAAAGCCCAGACUACGGAAAAGUUAAUCCCAAAAGUGGUGAUCACGCCUCCAUCGUCCUUUCCUUAUAAGGACAACAAACAGGUCCCUUGGAGGUAUGAAUGCCAACUAGAAAAUUUUGAGAGUUUAAAGACUACUAAGGAAGAUGUGGAUGAGGUAUACCACUUCACCAAAAGUGGGAGAUGUAAUUUUCCCAACCAGACCAGUGAACCCGAGAAAAGAGCGACCCCUGAUAAAGGGAAAAAGGUCGAAAUACUGCUGAAAGAUGAUGAGCCGACAAUUAAUGAGUCAGUAACCGAGAACGAGGCUAUGGAGUUUUUAAAAUUUCUGAAGCAUAGUGAGUACAGCAUCGUCGAACAACUACACAAGUUGCCAUCUCGCAUCUCGAUCCUAGCUCUACUAUUAAGCUCUGAGGCACAUCAAGAUGCCUUGUUAAAAGUAUUGAAUCAGACUUUCGUACCGAAAGAUGUACCAGUGGAAAAGAUAGACCGACUGGUUACGAAUAUUCAGGCGGAUAACUUCAUCUCUUUCUCUGAUGAUGAGAUCCUGUCCGGAAUGAUGAGCAAUCCCAAAGCCCUGCACAUUACUAUCAUGUGCAAGGGAUAUGUAUUAUCACAAGUACUAAUCAACAACGACUCUACUCUGAAUGUGAUGCCAUUAGUAACCUUGAAGAAACUGUCGGACGAUAGUACACACAUGAAAAAUUGCCAAAUCAUCGUUCGAGCUUUCAACAGAAUGAAGAAUGAGGUGUUGGGGAAGAUCGCCAUUCCCUUAACCAUAGGCCCAUCAACCUACGAGGUCGAAUUCCUUAUAAUGGAUAUAAUGCCCUCAUAUAACUAUUUGUUGGGAAGACCUUGGAUCCACCAGGCAGGAGCUGUGCCAUCCACUCUGCAUCAAAAACUCAAAUUUGUAAUAGAGGGGAGACUUGUAUGCCUUAAUGUUGAGGAAGACAUCAUUGCUUCCAUAUCUACUACCGCUCCAUAUGUCGAAGUAAAUAAAUAUGCGGUCGAGUGUUCUUUCAGAUCCCUGGAAUUCGUUAAUGCCAUCUUUGUUGCUGAGAGAAAGAAAAUUCGGAAGCCUAGGCUAUCCAAUUGUACCAGAAUGGGACUGAAAAUGACUCUUAAAAGAGGAGCUGAGAUCGAAAGAGGGUUAGGGAGUCGCUUACAGGGGAAUAUUAGUCUAGUUUUUCCCAGUAUUAAACGAGAUCAUUUUGGUAUGCGAUAUCGUCCGACCUUAAAAGAAAAGUUAAAAAAUGUUCAAAAGAGUCAGGAAAAGAGGAAAACCAGGUUAGCGGGGGAGGAUAUUAAGUGGGAGCCCAUGAUUUUCCCACCGCUACGUGACACCUUCAUAUCUGGGGGCCACAUGUUUCAGGGGGCUAGGUCAUCUAAAGAGUAUGUUAUUGAAAAUGCCCUGAGGGAUUUGGGUUUAAAUAUGAUAUCAGAGGAAGGAAUUGAAGACGGAAGGGCUAUGGGCAUCUACCCCGCACCACCGGGCUUUGUGCUAAACAAUUGGAAUGCAGAAGAAUUACAUGUAGUUUACAAAACUAUUUCAGAGUAA